CCUGGCUCAUCCAGCUUGCUCUUCAUCUCCAGACUGUUGGCUGCAAGCGUGUGCGACAUGGCCCCGAAAAAAAUCGAACCCAAAAAACCAGAAGCCAAAAAACCAGAGGCCAAAAAGAAGGCUCCAGCUCCUGCUCCUGCUCCAGUCCAGGAGGCACCCAAAGAGCCUCAGAUCGAAUUAAAGAGUGUGGUAUUGGAGUUCUCUCCAGACCAGAUCGAGGAGUUCCGAGAUGCCUUCACUUUAUUCGACGAAACGCCAGCGGGAGAGAUGAAAAUCAGGUAUUCCCAGUGUGGAGAUGUGAUGAGGGCUUUGGGCUACAACCCCACCAAUGCUGAUGUCCAUGUUAUCCUCGGGAAGCCCAAGGCAGAGGAAAUGAACAGCAAGAUGCUGGACUUCGAGACCUUCCUCCCCAUGCUGCAGCACAUCUCCAGGGCCAAGGACCAGGGUACUUUUGAGGACUUUGUGGAAGGGCUCAGGGUUUUUGACAAGGAAGGCAAUGGUACAGUGAUGGGUGCUGAACUCCGCCACGUUCUGGCAACGCUUGGAGAGAGAUUGACUGAGGACAAGGUGGACCGCCUCAUGACGGGACAAGAGGACGCGAAUGGAUGCAUCAACUAUAUAUCAUUCGUCAAACAUAUCCUCUCUGGGUGAGCGGGAGCCUGUCCUGGUGUGACUUUAAAGCAUUUGAAGGACAUUUUGGAGGAAAAGUCGCUAUUGGUAAAUGUAAAAUAAAGCUAAUUUCUCAAUUCA